AUGUGUGACAGACAUUUAGAAAAACCCAGGCAGAAUCAUGCUGAGAAAAUUUUUAUUGAUGAAUCGUUUAUGACGAAAAGAAGCUUUCUACAAUUAAUCGAAGAUUCUCAAAAGGUUUCUGCACAUGUACCCUCCUCAAUUGUAUAUCCAAAGGCUAAUUUAUAUUACGCUUUUGCUGAAGAUGUACAUCCGAUGAAAAGGAUUGUCACCGCUUCUAAGCUUUUUGAAAAGGAAAAGCUUUUACCGCAAACUGUGUCUCGCAAAGAACUCUUUACAAAUCAGGAUCUUUAUUUAAAAGACGAAGCUAUAAAUCAUUAUCUUAGAAUCGAUCCACCGAGUUUCGUUAUUUUUGGAAAACCUGGAUUAGAUCACGCCAACAUUGCAUCGGCGAUAGCCGAUGCUUGGAACUGCGUUUUACUUUCGCCCACGUCGCUAAUUCGACAAGAGAUCGAUGCUGGUACUGACAAAGGCCAAUACUUGGAAAGAAUUUUGCGGCUCGGUAGAUCUAUAGGACCGGAAAUUAUUAUGAACUUGAUACGCUGCAGAGUCAGAACGAGGGAUGUCAAACACAGAGGCUAUGUCAUUGGCUGUUUACCGUUUAUUUCGAACGAUGUAAACUUUAAUUAUCCAUCAUGUUCCAGUCCUGUUUUGAAUAUAGAUGACACUUACCCAGAAUUUUGCGAAAAUACGAUGAUUGAAUCGCACGAGAUACAUAAAGAUCGCUUCACAUUCGAUGGUUUAGGUUGUAAGGUGCAAUUUGAUUACGAACGAGAAAUCCCUCGACAGAUUGACGAAAUAUUUACCAUAUGGCCAAGAAAACCUCUGAUAAUUAUUUAUCUUGUGUGUCCGAAGCAAGACGUUGCUAGUAAAUGCGCGCGGCAGCGCAUGACAGGCGAUAUUUUUGACGAAAAUAAAUUUGUGAUGCAACUAUCCGAAUCCGAACACGACGAAUCAGACACCUCGUUUGAUUUCUUUCAAAUUGCAAACAAACGACUAGCCAUGGAUAAUGAUCAAAGAUUGGUGAAACUAAUAUCUGACAUGACACGCAAUAUUAAGACACAGUGUGAUCUUUACGAACAUUUGGCGUUGCCAGUAAUCGAUAAAUGGAUUCUCGCGCAUAAUCCCCAGCAUGUAGUUCGCGUGGAUGGCCGUAGCUCCGUGCGACGAAUACUUCACAUCCUCAAAACACGUUUACGUACUUUGGCAUUACUACCAUCGAUUCUUCCAAAAGGAAUGAUCGAACAGAAUGACACACGUUUUCUUGGAACAUCUCCAGAAAUGAACUUGAGCAAUGAGCUUGCAAAAGAAUCUGCUGAAGAGGCUUUCGAGAUUUUAAGACUAAGAGAAGUUGUAUCUCUCGGAUUCCCCUGGAGACUUUCCGCAUGGAAGUUUUACUGCCCUGUCGAGUUAGCACAAGGACGAACCGUUAAGGGACUCCCGAAACACGCGGUGCGAUUCUUGGACAUGAUCUUUUUUCUCUCUUCUCAAGAAGCUUCAAAUUUGUUCAUCGAAAAUCCGAGAACUUUUUUAUUGCCACCGAAUCCGCGGCCAACCUGCAAGAUAGCGGUGUUUGGGCCAAAAUACGCUGGUAAAUCGGAACUUAGCAUAAGAUUGGCGGAGGUUUUCAACGGAGUCGUGAUAAAUGUUGAUCAGAUUGUAAAAGAAUUAGUUAAACAACGCGAAAAGUAUUCGUUUCAAGAGUAUUAUAAGAACGAUUCUAAUGUAGAACAAAUUUCGCUGAAGUCUAUCGACAUAUCGGUUGAUGAAAAGGCUGAUGUUAUUAUACAGAACAUCAAGCGAAUACCUGAUGAAAAGUUAGAAGAGGAGCUUCGAAGAGAUGGCGGAUAUGUUAUCGAUGGAAUGUGCAUGGAUAUCGAAGUCUGGCGAAAAAUUGUUAACGAAGCUAACAUCAUUUUCGAGGACGUUAUCGUUUUAUUUGAAGAAGAACCGUAUACCUACUUAUCGAAUAAAUUUCGCACUUUUUCUCAUUUUGAUGGUUCUAUAGAUGAUACGGAGGUAGAUCGUGAAGAACAAAUAGUAUUACAUGAAGAUGCGGAAUGGGAAUAUCUUGAACAUUUAACGCGAUUCGAAUCGGAGUGGACGAAAUUCGAGGAACAAAUUUCUGAAUUUAAAGGAAAUAAGAUAAAGUGCAACCUCGCGAAUAUCGAAGAUAUAAUGGAAUACGUGAUAAACCAUAUUAAAUAUCGUUUCGAUUUUGCAACUAUCGCUACGAACGUCGAAAAAAAAAGUAAAGAGAAUGAAAUAUUGGACGAAACAGCAGUUGAAAACGAAGCAAAUUUGGCUGAUAAAGAUGCUGAAAAAAAGGAAAAAAAAAAUCUCACAUACAUCGAUCUUGCCACAGCCGAACGACUUCUCGACUGCGGUUACUAUUUCCUCAGUUCCUUCGGUCGGUGGUGUCCCGUGCAACUUUACACCAAUACGAUACCAAUUCAAAUGUUUCUGCCAAUGAAAGCUCAUGGGCAGAUUUUUCCAGUUGUGUACCGUCCAUAUAUUUAUUUCCUUGCGGGCGAAAAAGCGCUCUCGACAUUUCUAAAUAAUCCGUCGAAGUAUCUUGUGCAAGAUAUCCAUCCACCGCUUCUUCCGCUUCGAAUUUCCAUCAUCGGACCGCCAAAAUGCGGAAAAACAACGUUGGCGAAUCGUUUCUCGAAAACAUAUGGUUUGAAGGUAAUUACUCGCGGCAAGGCGUUACGCCACAUAUUGAAAUACUAUCCUUGGACUGAGUCGGCGCGUAUAAUCGAAGAUCAACUUCGAGCUGGUCAGGUUGCUUCGAUCGAAUCUGUAGCACGUGCCAUCGAAAUGUUAUCUAUAGGAUCACGCGCUGUAACUCAAGGUUACAUCCUGGAUGAUUGUCCUUCAAAUCGUAAAGAAAUCGAGCAACUAGUUGUUUUAGGAAUACAGCCAAUGAUUGUGCUUGAUUUCAAAGCGGAUUUAGAGUUCUGCCUCGAAUGCCUGUCUUGGGAUAAUGAUGACACCAGAAGUCCAUUGAAUUUUUCCGCCAGUUUUCUAUCGCGACGUUACGAGGAUUGGCAAACGGGCCAAGCGAGUUUUCGAGACUGGCUAAAAAGGUUCUGGCAGAACGUAAUCGAAUUGGAUGCUACUAAAAGUAAGUGGCAUGUGUGGACUCGCGUAGAUCACGCGGUAUGCUCACGAUUUGCUGAUAUCAUGCUUUACUUUUAUGAGGCAAACUUGGAUAAGGUUCACAGUUUGAAGCACAUGUGCGUAUCGCCGUACGAGUUUCGAUCGCUUCAGAGUCGAUACGAAUCGUACUGUCCCAUUUGCUUGUUUUGCGAAAACAUCUUGAAGACUUCUGGUCAAUUGGUAACCAGUCAAGGAAUAGUCCAAUUUAGGGAAUAUUUUUAUUGGAUUUGUUCGCAACAUAUAGACGCUUUCGUUAAAGAUCCACUGCAUUACCUUUCACCUAUUACUGCGUCUCUUGUCGAUGAACGACCUCGGAUAUUGCAGGAGAUAGUCGACGUGGACCACGCUUGUUGGGCGCAACGUCUCCAGGUCGGCGGGUUGUGUCUAGUAACUUAUGUCGACAACCUGCCGAAUCGCAAGCUAACACCAGGCAGAGUCGAUUUAGGUGCCAUCCUUAAGGAUAAAGUAUAUCUCUUCUGCAGCGAAGAAUGUCGCGAAAAGUUUCUCGCGCAGCACAGUAAAUACUCUGAAAUGGAUAUUGCGUUUCCUCGCGAACUUCCAUCGAUCGAAGAGCAACGUUUGUCGGACGUGGCUUUCCUGGAGCAAACGGUGGCGAAAAUGUUGGUCAAAGCUGUAACUCUGGUCGGCGCUUGUCGUCCGAAGAUAUUCGGCUUGUCGGCGGCUGUUAGCGCCGCGGUUUACAUCGGCGUUUACUUGAAGACAUACAACGUGACCGAAAACUUUACCGAGAUGGAUAUUUACAAGACCGCGUGCAAGCGAAUCGAUGGACGAAACAAAAUUAUAGAGAUCGUUACUAACACCAUGAAAAAGAUUAAUCCCUAUUUAUCUGUACCAAAAUAAUCCUGUUAAAUAUUCCUUAUACAUUGCAUGGACACGUUUAUCUAACAAUAAGUCAUGAGUAUCUGUAUGUUCUUUGAAACAUUAUUAA